CAAAAUCGGUAAUUCCUGAGUACUCCUCAAGGAGAUGAACAGCACAGCAGGAUCAGGUGGACUUCUCGACAACAUCGGAGGAUUAGGCUAUGGCAUCGGAAUUUCGAUCGGAAUCCUCCUGCUUAUCACGACCAUCACCCUGGCUUCUUUUUACUGCACCAGGGCAGACCAACCAACAGAACCGGCAAGAAGUCGGUGGACUGCUCAUCAGGUAAUCGAAUCACAAAACUAUGUUGUCGAUGUUGGGCUGGAUGAGGCCACCAUCCUGAGUUAUCCAAAGCUGCUCUACUCCGAGGCUAAGAUCAAGAAGAAAGAUUCCACAGCAACAUGCUGCUCCAUAUGUUUAGCAGAUUACAAGAGUAGCGAUAUGCUCCGGCUGCUGCCUGAUUGUGGGCAUCUCUUCCACCUCAAGUGUGUUGACCCGUGGCUGCGUCUGCACCCCACCUGUCCGGUUUGUAGAACAUCUCCAAUGCCAACACCCCUCUCAACACCUCUGGCCGAGGUGGUUCCACUGGCAAGCAGGAGGGAUUGAUGGCUGGAUUGAGAUCAGGACAUUUGAAAUUUUUAUCUUUUUUUCUGACAUUUGUAUACGCUGUAGAAGUUUCACCUGUCAUUGAAGUUCACACACAUGACGAUACUAUUGCUAUAAUGAAAAUCCAUAUAUUCUUUCU